GUGCAGUCAAGUUGGACGUUAAGAUAUGCCUCCCGCUUACCCAUUGAAGACCUCGAUAGGUGACUCUUGUCAAACGAUUUGGAGGCGCUUUCUGGUACUAUAACAGAGAAAGAAGGCCGUUUUGAAGAAUCAAUAGUUUCGUGGAAGCCCGUCUUUCGUCUUAUCAACAUGCCGGGAUAUUCAGACGCCGACCAGGAGCUGGCUCGUGAGAUGGUGAUAGAGAUGCUGGCGUAAGUGAUGGUGUCCUGGAAGGCACCACUAACAACUCGUACUGAUGGACAUACAGACAUCAAUUUGCAUACCCAGUGAAAUGGUAGGAAUUAACUCAGAGGCACCCCACCAUCAAGGUCUGACUUGAAUCCAGGAUCGAUACGCAGGAUGUUCUCCUCGAACAGGCAAAGGUAGAGCGGCUGAUAGAGAUUGGCCCUUCGGAAACCUUGACUGUAAUGGCAAAGCGUACAAUCAAAUCGAAAUACGAAGCUCAAGACGCAACGCUUUCGGGGAAACGGCAAUUGCUCAGCGUAGACAGAGACCGCGCGGAAAUCUAUUAUGAAGUAGAUCCUUACAGUUCGCCCGCAGAAUCUGCUUCUGAUAGCAGCAAUGAGACGAGCAACCCCCCUCCGCCAUAUACAGCCUCAGUGCCCGAAACCUCGGAGGCUUCUAGGCCAUCUCCUCCUUCAGCGCCUGGGCGAACAAACGCCGGCGUACUGUCUUCAAAGAAGCCCGAUGCACCCAUAUCCGCGCUGGAAAUUAUCGUAGGUAUAAUUGCGCAGAAGUUGAAGAAGUCGUCCGAUGAGAUUGCAGCCACAAGCACUAUCAAGUCCUUGGUGAGCGGUGGGUUCCCCAGACUCCAGAUAUCCAGGCUUCCAAUCCCCAUUGUAUGGCAUACUGACGGCUCUGCAUCUACCAGGUCGAUCGACGUUAGAGAACGAGAUAGUCGGCGACCUCGUAAAUGAAUUCGGAACGGUUCCUGAUCGAGCAGAGGAGGUGGUCAUUCAGGACUUAGGGAAGACGCUCCAGUCAAAUUUCGGCGGGCGAUUGGGAAAGCAGACAUCUCGAAUGGUCGAGCAAUUGCUGGCGUCGAAAAUGCCUGGCGGAUUCUCUCUCAACUCUGCGCGAAAAUACCUCGAUCAUCGAUGGGGAUUUGGAGAGGGUCGUCA